AUGGCAGCAAUACGCAAACCCCUCUCAUCACCAUUCUCCAGGUACUUCCCUCAAACCCCAUUUCUCUUCUCUCUCCCUCGACUCCUCUCUUCCCAAUCCUCAACCCCCAAUGACGUCGACACCGUCUACUGCAUCGUCAGCAGCUCCGCCCACUCCAAAAACUUGAAGCAAAGCUUGAAAUCCUGCGGUGUUUUCCUCACGAAUGAUCUGACAGAUGAGGUUCUCAAACGGGCUCGGUUCAGCCACGGGAACCCAUUACAGGCUCUCGAGUUCUUCAACUACACUGGGAACAGAAGAGGGUUCUAUCACACCAGUUUCUCACUCGACACUAUGCUUUACAUGUUGGGAAGAAGUCGAAUGUUUAAAAAAAUGUGGGAGGUUUUAGUUGAGACCAAACAUAAGGACAGGAGUUUGAUAACUCCGCGAACCGUGAUGGUUGUGUUAGCUAGGAUUGCUAAGGUUUGUUCUGUUAGGGAGACAGUGGAGUGUUUCAAGAAGUUCAAGAAGCUUGUGCCGGAGUUCGAUACGGCUUGUUUCAAUUCAUUGUUGAGGACUCUUUGUCAGGAGAAGAGCAUGACAGAUGCUAGGAAUGUGUAUCAUAAGCUGAAGCAUAGCUUUGAGCCGAAUUUGCAGACAUUUAAUAUAUUGUUGUCUGGUUGGAAGUCCUCUGAGGAAGCCGAGGGGUUUUUCGAGGAGAUGAGGGAGUUGGGUUUGAAGCCUGAUGUUGUUUCGUAUAAUUGUUUGAUUGAUGUUUAUAGUAAGAAUAGAGAAAUGGAGAAGGUGUUUAAGGUGAUGGAGAAAAUGCGCGACGAGGAGAUAUGGCCGGAUAAAAUUACAUAUACUUGUGUCAUUGGGGGAUUUGGGUUGGUUGGUCAGCCGGAUAAGGCCAGAGAUGUGUUGAAGGAAAUGAAGGAGCUCGGGUGCUACCCGGAUGUUGCAGCAUACAAUGCUGCUAUUAGGAAUUUUUGCAUUGCAAAGAGGCUUGGUGAUGCUAAUGGGUUGAUGGAGGAGAUGAUGAGUAAUGGUUUGAGUCCGAAUGCAACUACUUACAAUUUGUUCUUUCGGGUUUUCUUCUGGUCGAGUGACUUGCAGAACUCUUGGAGCUUGUAUGGGAGAAUGAUGUAUAUGGGGUGUUUGCCAAAUACACAGUCGUGCAUGUUUUUGAUCAGGUUGUUUAGGAAGUUGGAAAAGGUGGAUUUGGCAUUGCAGCUGUGGAAUGAUAUGAUUGAGAGGGGUUUUGGAUCUUAUAUAUUGGUGUCUGAUGUGCUGUUUGAUUUGCUAUGUGAUAUGGGUAAACUAACAGAAGCAGAAACGUGCUUCUUGCAGAUGGUGGAGAAGGGGCAUAAGCCAAGUAAUGUUUCCUUUAGAAGGAUCAAGGUGCUUAUGGAACUGGCAAACAAGCAUGAGGCCCUCAAGAACUUGACAGAGAAAAUGGCACUUUUUGGCUCUUCAAUCCAUCUUCCUGAGAGUAUGGAUAGGUCAACAGUGGUACCUUGCUCAGAAGCACUUGCUUGAGAAAGUAUGCUUGUGUCAAGUCAUGAAUUGGCAAUGGUGCUAACUGCUAACUAAUACUGCAAAAGUUGCUGAUUGAUAGAUCAAAAGUGGUGUUUUACACAAUUGGGUUAUAGAGGCUUGCCAUGUGGUUUGUUGAGUGUUAACUCCAUAGAAUCUGGAUUCGGCACUCAGAUCUUUUUGUUGGCUAGGACCUUUUCCCGUCACAUGGUUAUAUUGGCUGGUGAAUUCAGUUGGUCUAGCUAUUUUUCCCAGUGGGGUAGACCUUUGAACUAGGUUCUCAGUUGUUGAUUUUUUCUGAGAAGGAGCAAGUUUUUAAUUCAUAAUCUUGUUGGGAAAGUUACAAGCCUCUGUAUCUGUCUGAAAAAUGCCAAUUCCACUAUUUACUUGCCUUUAACACGGUGAAGUUGCUGGCGCACCAACUGAGACCGCUUGUUCCACAGAGUUACCAAUUUGCCUCUAGUUCUGUUAGACAAGUAUCCGGUUAGAGUCUGAUUCUGGGACAUGGAUGAUCCAGAUGGUUACUGUGGUUUUGCGAGUACAAGUACAAUGGUGAAAACAUUGUUUCAUUCAUGACUUUGAACAAGGUGGGUGGUUUUCUGCAGUGGAUGGAUUUGACUUGUAAGUAUGCAUUUGGGAAGAUGCUGGUUAUAGCCUAUAAGCCUCCUUUCAAGGUGAAGGGCUUGUGGCUGUUCCACAGGCAAAAAAUUACCCAGGUUAUUAUGACAUGGAACAGUAUGAUUGGCAUAGGGUUGAUAUCACUGAUGAGGAUCAAAAAGAGCGCGUGAAUCAGAUGAGAAGUCUUUGAGGGAGAGCCAUUGUUGGGUUUUUCCAAAGAGGUAGGUUGAUGUAACAUGUUAGGGGUUUCUUUAGAAGGUCUUUUCAGGUGGUUCUGUUUCAAACACUUGGUUUUGCUAUUCAAUCUUCCCUUGUGUCAUUGUAGAACCUUGUUCAGCCGCAAUCCUAGUUCAAUUGAAUUUUUCAGCAAAAACAAAAAAAAGAGCUUAUCAACAAUAACCUCUUUAGAGAAGUAGUUGCAAUAUUU